AUGCGAGGGCGAGUAGACCUGUACGACGAGGAGACGAAGCUGUUGGUUGCGCGAAUUUUCGAAGACCCGGAGCAACGUUCAAUCGUGUGGGCUGGCGAAUUUGGUGGCCGGAUCCUGAUACAUGUCCGUUGUGCGGCUCUGCUGCGCUUCAACGAAGAGCAGACGGCAUUCGAGAUUUUCAGCAAGACCGCACAUUACGGGCACUGUGCUUCGACGUCGUCGGAAAACUGGCUCGCUAUGCCGGACUUUGAGGAUUCAACGAGUCGCAUAAAACUCUGGAGGAAUCCGAAGGACGACGAAUGUUCGCAAGUACUAUCCUCCACCGGCGCCGAAAACUGGAUGCCAAUCUGCAUCCACCUCAGGGAGGAAUUGAAGGCCGUAUUCAUUGGCUGGGACAGCGGCUGCAUCGAUCGGGUUGACGCGGAAACAUCACAACAACUGGCCCGAAUAUCCCUCGGAGCCGAGCCGAUAUUUUCAAUAGUGGCGACGUCGAGGCGGCUUUUCUGCUCAACCUCGGCGCCACCGAUUCGUGUUUUGGACGUGGCGGAAGCCGGGCUGAAAUCAUGCGAACAACAAAUUGGUUACGCUGCAAGUGCCAAUGGUUGUUCGUGCCUUUCGCUUUCCCCAUCCGGCAAAACGGUCCUGCGCUUACAACACCGUCCACACGAUAUGCUCACCACGGGAUCGCCAACUCUACACCGGGGAUGCCGAGGGAAUGGUGAAGAUGUGGCGAUUUUGAUUAUC